GGCUCUGAGUUGACUAAUCCUGAUCCUGAUCUCUGAGUUGAGAAACAGAGCAGCUGAUCAGAAUCAGUUCAGUCAGGCUGACGGAGGUGCGUUCGCAGUGAGUACCAACAGAUAUCAUCAGUAGAGUGCAGAUAACAUGAUUCUCAGAGACAGGAAGUGGAGUUAAAAGCAGAGCCACUGAUUUCAUCCAAAACUGAAUCAGAGAUUUGAAGACAUGAAAAAGAUAUUAAACAGACUGGAACUGAUCCUGACGAUGAUGAUGAUGGUGAUGAUGAUGAUAAUAAUGAUGGUGAUGGUGAUGAUGAUGAUGAUGAUGAUGAUGAUGAUGAUGGUAUACUCAUGGUAAAAUCAUGAUGGUAUAUAACAGAGGAAUUUUGUGUGUAGUGUUGAUGGUGUGUCACUAUAGAAACGGCGGCUGUAUGCAGUACUGCAGAGACCUGCCAGGGGGAGCCGGAGUUCAGUGUGACUGCGCCGACGGGUUCCAGCUGGACGUCGACGGAUACAGCUGCUCCAAGAACGUGUCUCUGCCUUGUGGUCGUCAGCACAUAGAGGUGUCACUGUACCGAGAUCGUUCUCUGUUGAGUCCCUCUGAUCAGCCCAACAUCACCGUGGAAAUGGGCAGCAUGUUUGAUGACAACAACACAGAUGGCUGGGUGGACAAAUUGAACUUUAUAGAGACGUUGGAGAAGCUGAUGACAGUGAACACAACAACUGGACAGUGGGGAGCCAAUGAGACGGAGCUGAUGGGGGAGGAUGGGGGGGAUCUACGUAUUGUGGGCGGAGCCUUGGACAGACCAGGAGGAAGUCCCUGGCAGGUUCUGCUCCGCAGGUCUAACGGUCACGGUUUCUGUGGAGGGACGCUGGUCUCUGAUCGCUGGGUGGUCUCUGCUGCUCACUGUCUCCAGGAGACUCCAGACCAUGUGACUAUAGUGAGUGUGUGUGUGUGUACAGGUGACUUCGAUAAGCGGCGUCCUGAUCCAGGUGAGCAGCUGAUAAAGGUUCAGAAGGUCUUCGUCCAUCCUCACUUCCAUGCCUUCACCUUCGACAGCGACAUCGCUCUGCUGUAUCUCGCCCAGCCGGUUGUCAGGAGCGCCACCGCCAUCCCUGCCUGCCUCCCUGACCCCCACCUCUCCGAAUACCUACUGAAGAAGGGAAACCGUGGCAUGGUGACGGGCUGGGGGGUCACGCAGUACCUGGGCAGGUCAUCACGCUUCCUCAGGAAGGUCACGCUUCCCGUGGUCAGCUACCGAGACUGCACCGCCUCCACUGAACAGGUGAUCACAGACAACAUGUUCUGUGCAGGUUACCUGGACGUGGGCAGGGACGCCUGCAGCGGGGACAGCGGGGGACCGUUUGUGGUGAACUACAAAGGGACCUGGUUUCUGACGGGCGUGGUCAGCUGGGGAGAGAAAUGUGCCGCCAAGGGGAAGUACGGAGUUUAUACCCGACUGGGGAACUUCCUGAACUGGAUCAGAGACACCAUGGAGAGGACGGACCUCAACGGCACCGGGACCUGAGACACACAGACAGACGUCGUCCAUCCUGAGUGUCUGUCAGGUUACACGUCACCGUGUGCAACUUAUCACAACUUUUAUUAGUCAGGGUUAAAAACAAAGGUUAAAUUUGUUGUUUGUUAAAUUCAAACAGUUUGAAAUGAUCAAAAGUUUCAGACUGAAGUUUGAGUUUCUAAUGUCUGUAAAAUAAAACACAGAAACUGUGACUGAACGACUUCACAUGACAUUAAAGCUCAGAAACAAAACAA